AUGAGUUACAGCCCCCAAAAAAUGUCCCCUCCAAAUCUCACCGGAAAUUCCUUCGUGUACGACGCCGACGACAUUCCGUUCGGCACCGUUUGGUGGUUUAUCUAUGCCGGAAUUUCUUGUGUUCUCGUUAUCUUUGCCGGUAUCAUGUCUGGACUCACCCUUGGCUUAAUGUCUUUCCGUCCUGUUGAGCUUGAAAUUCUCCAAAGGAGUGGCUCUUCCACCGAGAAAAAACAAGCUGCCGCUAUUUUUCCUGUUCUUCAAAAACAACACCAACUGCUUGUUACUUUGCUUCUUUGUAAUGCUUGUGCCAUGGAGGCGCUUCCAAUUUACCUUGAUAAAAUAUUUCAUCCUUUUGUAGCAGUGGUGUUAUCAGUAACUUUUGUUCUGUCUUUUGGAGAGGUCAUCCCGCAAGCUAUAUGCACGAGAUAUGGACUCUAUGUUGGUUCCAGAUUUGUUGGGCUUGUACGCGUUCUGAUGAUCAUUUGCUAUCCGAUUGCUUGCCCUAUUGGAAAGGUUCUGGAUGUUUUGCUUGGACACCAUGAUGUACUGUUUAGGCGAGCACAAUUGAAAGCCCUUGUUUCAAUCCAUAGCGAAGAGGCUGGUAAAGGAGGUGAACUCACACAUGAUGAGGCGACAAUCAUCAGUGGAGCACUAGAUCUCACUCUGAAGACUGCAGAGGAAGCUAUGACGCCAAUCGAGUCAACUUUUUCAUUGGAUGUUGCUUCAAAAUUGGACUGGGAAGCAAUUGGGAAAAUUCUUGAACGAGGUCAUAGUCGCAUCCCUGUAUACAGUGGAAACCCCAAAAAUAUAAUUGGCAUCUUACUAGUAAAAAAUCUUCUUACCAUAAGAGCUGAGACAGAGAGUCCAGUUAGUUCUGUCUCCAUCCGGAAAAUUCCUAGGGUUCCAGCAGAUAUGCCUUUAUAUGAUAUCCUCAACGAGUUUCAAAAAGGUAGCAGUCAUAUGGCAGCUGUAGUCAAGGUUAGAAGAGAGAAAAACAACCCUCAGGUAGCUAGUGGCUUUGACAAAUCCAAAGAUGAAGUAUUCAUCAAACAUAGUUCUGAACUGACUGUGCCGUUGCUAGUCGGGUCUUAUGAGAAAUCAAACAAUGUUAUCGAUAUUGACAAGCUUUCUAGGCAUCAAAACUAUGGAGGAUGUGAUGAUGCCAACAAUGUCGACCAACAAUGCCUAGAAAAUGAAACUCCGCCAAAUUGUUUCCAUCACUUUCCUUAUGAUAAAGACGGAGAAGUUAUUGGCAUCAUAACCUUGGAAGAUGUUUUCGAGGAACUCCUGCAGGAAGAAAUUGUGGAUGAGACAGAUGUGUAUAUUGAUGUACAUAGGAGAAUACGUGUUGCUGCUGUCGCAGCUGCUUCAUCCGUGGCACGAGUUCCAUUAGGCCAAAAGGUGAAAGUUUGA